AUGAAGCUGCCAAUGGAGCUUAUGUGCAAGAUCAUUCGCGAAGUCAUCGAUACGCCCGCAGUCUUCGUCUUCGAUGUCGUUACCGGCACACUCCAACACUCGCAAACCGGUGGGCGGACCGAUUACCGGUACAUGAGCUUCCACCCUCGUGUGAACCCCCCAAGCAACCAGAGCCGACAAGACUAUGCUGGCACUUUUGAGUCUCAAGUCAGCAAGACCAUUCGAAGCCUGCUCCUCACCAACAGAUCGAUCAGGGCCGAGUGCCUCAAACACCUCCAAGGCAUCACCGUACCCAUUGCAAACGGUCAGGCUGUCGUCCGCUUCAACCCCCGAAAGCAUGUCAUAUGCCUUUACAAGGUCGGGGACUUGGUACAACUCACACACCGUCAGUUCAUGAUCGGCCCACAAGACCUCAUCGCCUUCGCCAAGCAGUUGACCGAUCUCAACUUUGACAUCAACCACCUUGGUUUCAUGUCAGAGGGUGGAUGCGGUGUCCGGGAGCGCGACGUCGCGGCCGUGUUCCGGUCUGCCUUCCCUACCAUACAACACCUCUACGCCGUGGUUACUGAGCUCCCCCGGAAGAACCCUUCAGAGCCCAUCGAUUUCGUCUGCCCCGCCCACGACCCGAGACACACUCUGUCUCCUAUGUUCUUGCACAUCGCAAAGCGAUCCUGGAACGUUGUCAAGUCCCGGCUCUUCGGGAAUGGCUUUGUCUACGCCCGCGGUGACUGGGACCAGGGCUCUGACAUUGACGGGAUGGUCCUGAUUUGA